UGCCGCCAUGUUGGCGGCGCCGCUGCGCUGCGCCCGCAGGCACACAUUUCUAACGGGGAUCGCAGCCAUGGCCACGGUGGGGACACCCAGCCCCCCCAGCGUCCCUCGUCACACCAACCGCCUGAUUAAUGAAAAGUCCCCAUACCUCCUGCAGCAUGCCCACAACCCUGUGGAUUGGUACCCUUGGGGUCAGGAAGCAUUUGAUAAAGCAAAGACAGAAAACAAGCUGAUAUUCCUGUCAGUUGGCUACUCCACCUGCCACUGGUGCCAUGUCAUGGAGGAGGAGUCCUUCAAGAGCAAGGAGAUUGGGGAGAUCAUGAAUGAGCACUUUGUAUGCAUCAAAGUGGAUCGUGAGGAGCGGCCAGAUGUGGACAAAGUAUACAUGACCUUCGUGCAGGCCACCAGUGGUGGAGGUGGUUGGCCCAUGAGUGUCUGGCUGACCCCAGACCUCAAGCCCUUUGCUGGGGGGACGUAUUUCCCUCCUGAGGAUGGAGUUCAUCGUGUUGGUUUUCGGACAGUGCUGCUCCGGAUCGCAGAGCAGUGGAAGGAGAACAAAGAUGCCCUGUUGGAGAGCAGCCAGAGGAUUCUGGAAGCAUUGCGACACACAUCAGAGAUCCGUGUGCAGGGCCAGGAGUCACCCCCACCAGCCAAAGAGGUGAUGGACACCUGUUUCCAGCAGCUCUCCAGAUCCUAUGAUGAGGAUUAUGGUGGAUUUUCCAAAUCCCCCAAGUUCCCCACCCCAGUGAAUUUGAAUUUCCUGUUCACAUACUGGGCCCUGCACCAAACAACUCCAGAAGGUGCCCGUGCACUGAAGAUGGCUCUGUACACCCUCAAGAUGAUGGCCCAUGGGGGCCUCCAUGACCACAUUGGUCAGGGGUUUCACCGCUACUCCACCGACCAGCACUGGCAUGUUCCUCACUUUGAGAAGAUGCUCUAUGACCAGGGGCAGCUGGCAGCUGUGUACAGCAAAGCCUUCCAGAUCUCUGGUGAUGAAUUCUUUGCUGAUAUUGUCCGAGACAUUUUACUCUACGUCUCGCGUGACCUGAGUGACCAGGCAGGAGGUUUCUAUAGUGCAGAAGAUGCAGAUUCCUACCCAACCACCACAUCUACAGAGAAGCGAGAAGGAGCUUUCUGUGUGUGGACAGCCAAGGAGCUCCGGGCUCUCCUCCCCGACCCUGUCGAGGGGGCCACAGAAGGGACAACCUUGGGAGAUGUCUUCAUGCACCACUAUGGAGUGGAAGAGGCUGGCAACGUGGACCCCAUGAAGGACCCCCAUCAGGAGCUGAAGGGAAAGAAUGUCCUCAUUGCCCGCUGCCCCCCGGAGCUGACGGCAGCCCGAUUUGGGCUGGAGCCAGGCCGGCUGAGUGCCCUGCUGCAAGAAUGCCAACAGAGACUGUCCUCAGCCCGGGCACAGCGGCCACGGCCACACCUGGACACCAAGAUGCUGGCAGCAUGGAAUGGGCUGAUGAUCUCAGGCUUUGCCCAGGCUGGGGCUACCCUGGACGAGCAGGGAUAUGUGAGCAGGGCUGCACAGGCAGCUGCCUUCCUGAGGACACACCUUUUCGACCCUGACAGCGGGAGGCUGCUUCGGAGCUGCUACCGGGGCAAGCACAACUCAGUGGAGCAGAGUGCUGUGCCCAUCCAGGGCUUCCUGGAGGACUAUGUCUUUGUCAUCCAGGCACUCUUUGACUUGUAUGAAGCCUCGCUGGAGCAGGGCUGGCUGGAGUGGGCCCUUCAUCUCCAGCACAUGCAAGACAAACUCUUCUGGGACCCUAAAGGCUUUGCUUAUUUCUCCACUGAGGCCAACGAUCCCUCUCUGCUCCUGCGUCUCAAGGAUGACCAAGAUGGAGCAGAGCCCACCCCUAACUCUAUCGCUGUCACAAACCUGCUCCGAGCAGCUUGUUACUCUGGUCAUAUGGACUGGGUGGAAAAAGCUGGCAAGAUCUUGGCUGCCUUCUCAGAGAGGCUGCAGAAGAUCCCGAUAAGCCUCCCAGAGAUGGUCCGAGCCACCGCUGUCUUCCAUCACACCCUCAAACAGUCAAAGCUCUGUUUUCUCCCUCCUGCCAUCCACCCUCCCCCUGGACAGGUUGUCAUCUGUGGGGACCCUCAAGGAGAAGACACCAAAGAGAUGCUGCAUUGUGUCCGCUCUGUCUUCAGCCCAAACAAGGUGCUGAUGGUCGCAGAUGGAGACAGUGCUGGGUUCCUCUACCGCCAGCUGCCUUUCCUUGCGUCCCUGGAGAGGAAGGAUGGGAAAGCCACUGCCUAUAUCUGCAGCAACUUCACCUGCUCCCUGCCUGUCACCUCUGUCCAGGAGCUGCGUGGGAUGCUCAGCCCGUGAGCCCCUCAGUCAUGCUGCCUGUGGGAAGGCAAGAGUGGGACAGACAGGCACGGGAACACGGGAGAACCUCAUAAUAGAGGCAACCUGAGCACCAUCCCAGAUGGUUUCUAGCAGUGCAGUGGGGCUGUGCCCUUCCCCACCUGCAGCAGGUCGGGGUCUGCUUGCAUUGUUGCUUCAGCAGUGUCUCAGCACAACUGACUGUGGUCCUGGGUCCUGUUUUUGGUAUGUCCAGGAGACACCCAUGGAGGAGCAUCUCCUGCCUCUGUAUUCAUGCUUGCUUCUCACCUCUUCUUGCUGAGGAAAAGAAAACCAAAUUAAAUAUAAAUCCAGUGUUAAUGGAGAAGUCAGAUGGGAACACUGUUAGGGUUCCUAUAGCAACCCAGGGUAACACUGUCAAAAGCACCUGGAUGACUUGGGAGUCAAGCGCUCUUAAAAGUGUUACUGGCUACAACAGCUGUGGUAUUUUUCCGUUUCAGAGGAGAUUGUAACUUACAUUAACUGAAUAUAUAGUGCAUGGAAAAAACCUGCUGAUUACAA